GAGCCUUCUCCAAGGCCAAACCCUGAGCCUUCUCCAAGGCCAAAGCCUGAGCCUUCUCCAACGCCAAACCCUGAGCCUUCUCCAACGCCAAACCCUGACCGAAACCCUGAGCCUUCUCCAACGCCAAACCCUGAGCCUUCUCCAACGCCAAAGCCUGAGCCAAAGCCUGAGCCUUCUCCAACACCAAAACCUGAGCCAAAGCCUGAGCCUUCUCCAACGCCAAACCCUGAGCCUUCUCCAACGCCAAACCCUGAGCCAAACCCUGAGCCUUCUCCAACGCCAAACCCUGAGCCUUCUCCAACGCCAAAGCCUGAGCCAAACCCUGAGCCUUCUCCAACGCUAAACCCUGAGCCAAACCCUGAGCCUUCUCCAACGCCAAUCCCUGAGCCAAACCCUGAGCCUUCUCCAACGCCAAAGCCUGAGCCAAACCCUGAGCCUUCUCCAACGCCAAAGCCUGAGCCAAACCCUGAGCCUUCUCCAACGCCAAACCCUGAGCCAAACCCUGAGCCUUCUCCAACGCCAAAUCCUGAGCCUUCUCCAAUGCCAAAGCCUGAGCCAAACCCUGAGCCUUCUCCGACGCCAAACCCUGAGCCUUCUCCAACGCCAAACCCUGAGCCAAAGCCUGAGCCUUCUCCAACGCCAAACCCUGAGCCUUCUCCAACGCCAAACCCUGAGCCUUCUCCAAUGCCAAAGCCUGACCGAAACCCUGAGCCUUCUCCAAAGCCAAACCCUGAGCCUUCUCCAACGCCAAAGCCUGAGCCAAACCCUGAGCCUUCUCCAACGCCAAACCCUGAGCCAAACCCUGAGCCUUCUCCAACACCAAACCCUGAGCCUUCUCCAACGCCAAACCCUGAGCCAAAGCCUGAGCCUUCUCCAACGCCAAAUCCUGAGCCAAACUCUGAGCCUUCUGCAACGCCAAACCCUGAGUCAAACCCUGAGCCUUCUCCAACGCCAAACCCUGAGCCUUCUCCAACGCCAAACCCUGAGCCUUCUCCAACGCCAACGCCUGAGCCAAAGCCUGAGCCUUCUCCAAGGCCAAACCCUGAGCCUUCUCCAAGGCCAAAGCCUGAGCCAAACCCU